AGCUCGGAUCGUCAUCUUUCUGGAGUCGUUCCUGCUCACGACCAGCUUACAAUCAGCUCACGACCAGCUUACGAUCAGCUCACGACCAGCUCAAGCAGCGACUCGCUUUUCAUCAGGUUGAAGGAUGGCCUCGUUCGUGUGUGUUCUGUCCUACGAGGGAAAGAGCAAGAGGGAGUUCCUGAGCAGAAAUGCAAAUUUAUGCGAGGAAGCGAGAAGAAUCUUCAAAAUCCCUGCGGACAUGGAGGUGAAGCUGGAAUUGCUUCGCGAUGGCAUUUUUUCUCCGCUCGGGAGUCCCGAUGAUAUUCCAACUCAGGGAGCCACCCUUCGCGUCGUCGCCACCAGAAAUUCAGAUUCUCAUGGAAGAGCAGAACAGGACACAAGCGAAGGGGAAUCAGGCCUUUGGGAGGAGUCCACCUUCAUAGAGCAGAUAGGGGAGCUGAAGAUCUACGAGCCGAGGAAGAGGCUGACGAUGAUGGAUGAAGAGAACAGAUUGCUUGUCUACCAUGUGGGAAAACGAAUGAUUCCGAUUCAUUCUCACGGCAAGGUCAUCCUUCUAGCUGGGGCCACCGGAGCAGGUGAGGUUCAUGUGAUGGCCUUGUUCGUGUGUGUUCUGUCCUACGAGGGAAACAGCAAGAAGGAGCUCCUGAGCAGAAAUGCAAAUUUAUGCGAGGAAGCGAGAAGAAUCUUCAAAAUCCCUGCGGACAUGGAGGUGAAGCUGGAAUUGCUUCGUGAUGGCAUUUUUUCUCCGCUCGGGAGUCCCGAUGAUAUUUCAACUCGGGGAGCCACCCUUCGCGUCGUCGCCACCAAAAAUUCAGAUUCUCACGGAAGAGCAGAACAGGACACAAGCGAAGGGGAAUUAGGCCUUUGGGAGGAGUCCACCUUCAUAGAGCAAAUAGGGGAGCUGAAGAUCUACGAGCCGAGGAAGAGGCUGACGAUGAUGGAUGAAGAGAACAGAUUGCUUGUCUACCAUGUGGGAAAACGAAUGAUUCCGAUUCAUUCUCACGGCAAGGUCAUCCUUCUAGCUGGAGCCGCCGGAGCAGGGAAGACGGUGCUAGUGAGCACGAUCUUAAACUACCUGCUGGGCGUGAAUAUGGAGGACGUCCAGAGGCUCCGGAUGGUGGCAACGGGGAAGGAGGAGUGGAAGAGCCAGACGAGAGACGUCAUCGCCUACGUCGUUCACCCGAGGAAGGAGAACCCCCGAUUUAAAUACCCAGUCACGAUCGUGGACACGCCGGGGUUCGGGGACACUGAGGGACUCGACAGCAAAACCUUCUCCAUGCUCAAGGCUUUUUUCGAUCACAAGGAAGGCAUCGACCGGCUCCACUCGGUCGGACUGGUCAUUCCUGCCUCCACCGCUAGGUGGACCGCCGGUCACUCCAUGAUCUUCGAGCAGAUCCAGCUGAUCUUCGGGAAGGACGUGAAGGGCAUCAUCGACCUGCUCAUUACCUUCGCCGACAUCUCGGAGCCUCCCGCCCUGAAUGUGGUGGAGCGGGCCGGCAUCCCCUACCGCGGCUUCUACAACGUCAACAACAGCUGCCUCUACAGCAGGAGCAAAUCGGCCGGAUUCUUCUGGAACGAGAUGAUGAAGAGCAUGGACAAUUAUUUCGGCAUGUUGCUGGUUGCCGUGCCGGUGAGCAUCACAAUGACUCGAGAAGUGCUGCAGCACCGGGAGAUCAUCGAAAGGAAUAUCCAGGAUCUCCAGGAAAAAGUCUUCGACGGGCUGCAAGCGCUGGGUCUCCUCCAAGACUCGUACAACGUGGUGAAGAAGAAAACCGGCGCAAAAGCGGCGAGCAAGGGGAAGCUGAUCAACAUCGCGAAACGGUUCCGAGAAACCCAGCUGAAAGUGCACAAGCUCAUCCUCGAGUCGCACGCCAGCUUCUGCAAGCUGGAGGAGAUCGCCCUGAAGCCCAGGGCAAUCACCGCGGUCGAGUACAUCGACCUCCUCAUCAAGAACGAAGGCUCGCCCGCGCGGGCGAUGGCGCUGAAGGCCUCCCUCGAGGCGGCCAAGUGGACGGCCGAGAUCAGCGCGAAGGAGGACUGGGAUCCAUUCAGCCGGUCGCUCCAGGACUUGGAGAAGAUGGGACUCCAGAUCACGUUCAACGAGGAGGAGUGCGACGUCGAGUUCCUCUUUCAAGAGCCAAGAGGAUUUAUUCAAUUCCUCAAGAAAGUCUUUCGUCGGUAUGUGGAUCCUUAUAUCUUGCUUGUUCCAUUUCUAUGUAAUACCUAA